AUGACACUGUCCACAUGCUUCUCUACCACCACGGUUGCUGAUCCCAUUCCCACUUCAGAUCCGCAUCCACCCCAUUCAUCCGACUCUCAAUCACUCAUGGUCGUUUCCUCCUACAAAGUGCUGAAAAGUAUUCAGUUGCUUACUCCAAAUGGAUGUUUCGCUUCGAUAGCCAAUAGUAGCAAAUAUGCUUUAUUUAAGUUUGUUGAUAAAUUAGUCCUUUUUUAUCUUGUUGCAUAUAGGGAUCUUUGGAGAAGGCAUAGAAGGAAGGUUUUGGUUAAAGGUGUUUUAGGAAGUGGGUAUUUGUUGUAUAAACUAUAUGAUGCUCACAAACGUAGGCUUAUUGAUUUGGAAAGGCAAUCGGCAAACGCGGAAAACGAUGAAUUCAUUAAAGCUCAAAUGCAACUCCAUUUUGAGAACAUUCAAAGAAUUGCUGAUACAACAACAUUACCUCAUGCAAUGCCCCAUUUAAGUUGCCGGAUAGCUGAAGAUUUGAACUUUUCACAUCUAAUGGAGAGACUAGUGAAAGGGAAGGAUCAGCCUAACAGUUUGUCUUCUUUAGAGAAACUUGAAUUAUGGGACAGUCUCAAAAUUUUAAGUUUUACAAGAAUGGUGAUGUCAAUAUGGGCAGUAACCAUUCUUAGCUUAUAUAUUAGAGUUCAAGUCAACAUUCUAAGAAGAUAUUUGUAUAUUGAUAUUGCACGUGGUCUUGGAAGCUCUUAUUUACUUGUAAGCGCUCUACAUUUUUAUCUGUAA